CCAACAUACUAGUGAUGAGUUAUCGUGGAAGAGGCAGGGGAGGUUUCUACAACAACAACCGUGGAAACUUCAACCAAAACCAGGGACAAGGCCCCAAUACAAACAAUGUUCCCACAUCGCAGAACAUCAACCAAUUCAUCUCCGGCAACUCGAUACCAGUGGAAAUUCUAGGCUGGAACGGUGCCUCAAUGGAAGAUUGUGUCAAGUUCAUCUCCAGAAAGUGCCGGAUCGUGGUACUGAACGCCUCCAUCGACCCUCAGUCGGGAGCUAUGAAAGGGUACGUCAAGUCGCAGAAGGAUGCCGACGACUUGUGUAACUGGUCGGGUGUCAAAUUUGCUGGCCAGUCUUUGAAGAUCACCAAGGCCAUAGGUGCUGGCGCCACCACCACCGCCGUGGGCUCUUCCACCAUUGAGACUAUCACCGCCUUCUUGAAGUCUCGAUACCUGCCAGAAAUGAAGUUGUUGAACUUGACAGCGGUGCAAGCAGACCCAACGUUGCAGUCAAAAGGGUUUUUUGCGACCAUAUCCACCACGUCCAAGUUCUUCCCGGCGUUGAUGAAGGUGGCUCACGAGCUCAAGAUUGAGGUCGAUAGUAUCGACUUGUCGGGCAACAACUUGACGGAUUUGCUGACGAUUUCCACGCUUUCAACGACGUUUCCUACUUUGAAAAAUUUGUCGCUUCUGAAUAAUGCCAUUUCCAGGUUGAAGGUUUUUGAAACCUGGCGCCACAAGUUGAACUUGUUGCGUGAGUUGAUCAUCACUGGUAACCCGAUCUUGAACCAGGCAAAUCCACAGGAAAUCAAGGCCGAAUUGAUGAAGUCGUUCCCACGGUUGAUAGUGGUCAACGGAGAAGUAUUGCGAAAUGAAGCCAUGUUGAACUCGAUCUUGGCGUUCCCGUACCCCAAUCCACAGCAGAUGUUCUUUCAGGACGAGGAGAUCCAGGGAAUGUCGACAAACUUUGUCACCAGCUUUUUUGGACUUUGGGACUCAAAUCGCAGAGACUUGAUCCAGCUCUAUCAGGCCGAGUCCCAAUUUUCUCUCCUGGUGGAUAUGAGCCACCCCCAUAUGUUGGAAGUGGCCAACGUUGAUUUCGGCUACUACCUUCCGUUUUCUCGUAACUUGACCAAAAUCAGUGCUUCCAAGUCCAGGAUGUCCAAAGUGUGUAUUGGCCCAGACCAAAUCUUCAAGGCCUUCACCCAACUUCCCAAAUCGAAGCACGAACUAGUGACAAAACCAGACAUGUUUUCGAUGGAGACGUACCGAUUCCCCCAGGUCAACGGGAUUAUUAUCAAUCUUCACGGUACCUUUGGUGAGACGGCUCCACCGGAGAACUUGGAGGCAUUCAAUAACGCUGCUCACAGAAACCGGUUUCAGAACAACCGUAACAAAAAACCUCCUUUGAGCAACAAAAGUUUUGAUCGGUCGUUCGUGGUAAUCCCUGGACCCAACGGAAGUAUGAUUCUCGCCAGCGACUCGCUAGUCAUCAGAAGCCCCAGUGGGUGUGACUCAUGGAGCAAACAAUCAAAGUUACCAACACCUCCUCCAGCGCAGCCUCAGCAGCAGCAGCAGAAACUCCCACAAACUCCUCCACCAAAUGGGCCCUCGGCCCUCCCUAUGGUGACCCAACUACCACCAGAUGUUAAGGCCAUGUUAAAUGCGGCCCAACAGGAAAUCCUCAUCAAGGUGUCGUUGGAAACCAAUUUAAAUCUUCAGUAUGGACUCAUGUUGUGCCAGCAGAGUAACUGGGAUUAUCAACAGUGUAUUAUAAACUUUAAAAACUCGGUGGGCUCUCUUCCGCGUGAUGCAUAUGCGUCCUAAAAUCAUCACUUUGUAUAUACGUAGUCAAUACAUAUCCUAGAGGCUGGUUCCAUUGAGAACCACCCAGUAUCAUUG